AAAAGGGGGCCAAAUAUUUAUGCUUCAGUCGAGACCCGUAACUAAUUUAGACAAUUCUUACACCGAUUACGAGAUUAUGCAUGAAUUGGAUUCAUCGCAUCCGACAGAGACUGAGAUCUAUUCCCGCGCCCAUUGGGGUGAAAUAUUUCCCGGCUCAUCAUCAUGGAUUUGUUUGCAAUGGUUUUGGGCCAAUAAAAGCUAUUUCUUUCGUCAGGGACUCAAAAUUGGUGGCAAAGUUAUGGACGAUUGCAAUCCAUUCUUUGAAAAUAUGGGCAUUCAGUACAAUCAAGUGAUGUUCAAUUUGAGUAAUGGUUACUAUAAUUUUUUUGCUGGUUAUCCUGAGGCAAAACACGCACAGUCUAUGGUAUUAUCAAUGUUUGGCCAUCAGAUCGACGACAAGGAUGUCCUCCAGUUAUUCCGGACGCAGGGAUUGGAGGCCCCAAAGCCAUCGCUUACGGGAAUAUUCUCGAUGUUAUCGUUUAUAAUUAAUUCAUUACUUUUUGGGCCGAAAAACUUGAUUAAAACAAAAGAGGAGAUAAUUGACAAAAAUCCAUACGAUUUGGUAGACAUUUUGAAACAGUACUCCAAUAGUAAAGAUAUAUUUAAUAAGAUAUUAGACAAUCAGUACUUCAUAUCAGACACGGCGUUGAAAAAUCACGGCCCGAUCUCUGUUUAUACGGCAAUUAAUGACGCGAUUUUGAAGUCUAUUCUGGAGAGCGCUUCCAAUAAUAGCGAUAAUAUUGAAUCCGAUUAUAAUCUAAUGAUCUCUUCGGCUACGGAUGUAAUCAGCGCUGAAGUGCCAAAGAUUUUGCGUGAAAUCGCAAAGUCUAUUAAAGACAAGCAAUGGUUCCGACAAUUGAGUGAUGAGGAAGCGCUUCAAGAGUUGACCACUGGAACCGAUGAGUCCUCACAACAGUUUCAAUACUUUAUUGAAAGACACGGACACAGAGGGUAUCGGGAAUUGGAUCCCAUGUAUAAGCCAUGGAAAGGCAAUCCAAUGCCUUGUAUUAAAACUAUUAAAACAAUAUUAUCGGGAAAUGAAACACAAUUUGAGACAAAAAUUGAAACAUCUGUUGAAGAAGUGGUGAAUGGAUUAAAGACACCAUUGACUCCAUUCAAGAAACUACUGAUAAAACAUGUAUUGCUUCCGUGGACUCGAAGAGGGAUUGGAUAUCGAGAGCUAUCAAAAUAUAUAAUGGUUUGGAUGAACAACAAAUGUAAUGAAGGUUUUUGGCAUUUGGCUAAACAAAUGUUCAAAGAAGGACUCAUACCAUCGGUGGACACAUUCUUCUACUUGACUAUCACUGAAGUGGAAGCGCUAUGUAAUGGACAAAGAGAUCCAUUGAUAUUC